AUCACGUUCAGGAUAGCUCUAGCAUCGACUUGUACGUAUUGCAACCGACUCUCACAAGAAGCGGCAUGACAAUCAAGAGGCAAACCACAACUCGGACUCGCACAUUUCAGCGGAAGGGAGACAAUGCAGUGACAUAUGACCUUUCUCGGCCAGGAAGUGUCACCAUCACCAUCCCCGUGGGUUCUCGAUGGAGCUCAGAGGCACAUUGGCACGAGACACACACCGAAUUCCUCCAGAUCCUUCAGGGGCGAGCAUUUGUGAGACUCGGGAAUGAUAUACGAGUGUCGGCCGGAAAGGAAGGUGGAGUGAUUGAGGUACCGAGGUACACCGUUCAUGAAUGGCAUCGAGUCUGGCAGGAUGAUGAGGAUGACGAGGAUGACCUGGUCGUGCGAGAAUGGACGGUGCCAGAAGACGGUCAGAAGGAGGCGUUUUUCCGCAUGUUGAAUUCAUUCCUGACGGAGGACGAACCGGAGUCUCUGUACGAGGUGCCUGUGCCUGUGCCUCGAAUGGCACGCAAUUGGAUCGAGCGGUGGAUCAUCAACGUUCAAUUAAACUGCAUCUUCUGGGCUUGUGAUAAUUGGCCCCUACUGGUGGGAAAUGAUGGCAGGCCUGGGAUGGUCAGUUGGGCGGCCACGCAUCUCGUCCUGGGAGGAAGCGUGGCACUUGGGUAUUUACUUGGUCUGAGGGGGAGAUAUAGUGAGUACGUUGGUAAGGAGCCAGGCUUAACGGGCAGGGAAGAUGGAGGAAAGAUCGGCAAGAAGAAGGUCGGAUGA